AUGUUUAGCCCUGGCAAGGCUGUAGCCACGCACCCUCACAGCCCUGACAAGGUAGCCACGCCCCCUCCACCUCUCCAGGCUGUAGCGACGCCCCCUCGCAGCCAGGCUGUAGCCAACGCCCCCCUCCAGCCCCUGACAGGCUGCUUAGGCCACGCCCCCUCCAGCCCCCUGACAGCUGUAAGCCAACGCCCCCCCCUCUCAGCCCCUGAACAGGCUGUAGCCACGCCCCCCUCCAGCCCUGAAGGCUUAAGCCACGCCCCCCCGACAGGACUGUACCACGCCUCCCUCCAGCCCCUGACAGGCUGUAAAGCCACGCCCUCCAGCCCCUGA